CGCGAGGGAUGCUGGGAAAUAUUAUUUCAAAGAUGGCGAGCUCCAUGGGACCAGAAAGCACCGAUAAAUCUGCUUGCAACACAGAUCUGUUACUCCACCCUGAGCUAUUGUCCAAGGAAUUUAUGAAGCUACUUUUAAAUGAGAAAAAGAUAUAUGCGGGAGAGGGUGACAGUGUCGACGGCCUCACAUCGCUCUACCUGCGGCAUGUCAUCCCACUCCCUCAACGAGUGCUGCCCAACACCCGGUGGGGCAAGCGAAUGGAGGAGAGGAGAAGCAGACACACGUCUGAUCAUCAGUUAAACAGAUCUAAAGAGGACUUCAACAGAAAACGGCCUCCGAUUGUGUUCUCCGGCAGCUCCCACUGCUCCAACCCAGUGAAAGUGAGGAAAACAGAUUCUCCCGCUGUGGCUACGGGGUGUACUGACCGGCUAAAACCGCCUCCUACAACCAACGUGUCCAACCCCAUACGCAAACUGUCCUCCCCCUCCCCUUCUUCUUCCUCCCAAUCGACUUUGUCAUCGCCCAGUGAGACACAGACAUCCAACCUAAAAAGGGAAUCUGACAACCAGGAUGCGUUGAACUCUCCGGAUUUGAAGAAAAAGAUUCAUCAUGUGACGUGGCCUUGACCUUUGGCCUUUACAUACAAAGAGUGAGACUUUGCACAAACUGCCUCCCUUGUUCUCUUCCCUAUAUCACCGGCUUCCAGAGGAGUCCACUGGUGGUUGAUGUCUUGUGAGACUCCUACAUAUGGUAUCAGGUCAAAACCAAUAGAGGAUUCUUCUUCUGUGUCUGUUUUCCAAUGGUCUUCCAGGAAGGGCUGUCUCUGUAUAUGAACUGAGCUAUGGUCAUAACUGUAUUUUAAGUUUUGUGCUCAUUAAGCUAGCAGAUUAAAGACUUUAUCUGCAUCGAUUGACUUUCAAUUAACUGAUUUAGAUCAUGUAGAAGGUAAUGUGUUAUCUGAUUUGGCCAUACCACUCUUAUGAGCUGUGAUUUAUAUUAUGUACAUACAAAGGAAAUUAUUUGGUUUAAAGGUUUAUACAUGUGCAGAGUGAAGUACCUAGUCACUUUACAACUAAACAUUGAAUUGUUUUCAAAUUGUUAAUAUUCCGAACCAAGCAAAGUACUUUUUAAAGGUAGUUGUUGUAUUUUACUCUUUUUCAAAGCGACAAAUCAUCUCAAUUUACAUUAAAACAAUUUAUAAAUGAAUCACUGCAACAUAUUUUUAUUUUUUAUUGAUUAUAACAGCAGUCAUGCAAAUUCAAGUCAUAAAUUCAUCAACACAGUAUCAAGUUGCUGCAUGCAGAGAGCAUUAGCCAUUCAACAUCUGUCUUUACUGAAAAGCAUACAUUUGCAAAUCUUCCAUAUUCUCCUAAGGGCAACACAGAGGAAUACCUUUUUUAAAGCACAUUAAUUAAUUUAUAACUUCUAUUUUUAUAAGCUCGUUUUUGAUUCGCAGUGUAUUGCAUUCAUGCACUCAAAUCUCAUCUUAAAAUAAAGGCUAUGCUUAACUUAAAUUAGGUUAAUUCUAGUAGCUCAUAUAUACUGUACAUUGACAAUAGCAGAAAGUAAAUAAGCUUUGUUCAGAUAGAAUGUACCUUCAUUGUUCCUGCGUCAUUAUAUGGUCAUCUAAACAGACACUCCCCAUCUCUUAGGUUAGUUCAGAUGUCCUUUCCGCAUUCAGGGCAUAGGAUGUCAUCACGUUCGGUCAGGAAACCGCGACCGACAAGAGACACGGAGCACUUCUUGCAGUUGAAGCAGUCGUUGUGCCACUGGCGUUCCUCAAAGGAGAUGUACUUACUGCCUCCGAGCCCUACAAGAAAAAGUCAAAUACCAGGUCAGGAAACAAAGAAACUCUAUAUUAAUCGUGGUGAAAUACCAGGUAAAUAUAUCUACUGGAGUGCCUACCGCUGAUGGGGGUAGUGCAGGAGGCACACUUCUUAGCAUACAGGUUGCAGAAGCAGUUGAGGCAGUAGGC